AUGGCAACAAGAAGAAAGGGUAUGUCACCAGAAGAAAAAAAAGAAAAAUUAAAAGAAUUCUUCCACUCUAAUUCAACAAUAUAUUCAAGUAAAGAUGUAGAAUCAGAAGCUUCAAAGUAUACAGGAAUGACACAAGUUCAAUGUAAAGAAACAUUACAAAUGUUAAUAGAUGAUGGUGUUGUAAAUACAGAUAAAAUGGGAUCAUCAAAUUUUUAUUGGUCAUUCCCAAGUUUUGAAUUUGAUUCAAAAAAAGAUAAAAUAAUUGAACAAACUAAAUUAUUAUCUGAAACAAAAGAAAGGAUACAAUCAGAAACUAAAAAAAUUGAACAAUUAAAAAGUGAAAGAGUUGAAUCUGAAACAAGAACAAAAAAUUUAGAAAAAUUACAAACAUUAAAAGAUGAUAAUAAAAGUUUUAAAGAAGAAUUAUUGUUAUAUGCAGAUUCAUCAUUAAUUGAUGAUAAAAAGAGAGAUAUUAAAAUUGCAAUCGCUGCCGUUAAUAGAUACACUGAUAACAUAUCAUCUUUAAGACAAUUUUGUGAUUCAAAAUAUAAUAUUCGUCCAAGUGAUUUCGAUACAAGUUUUGGUAUUAAACCAGAUAUGGACUAUUUAGAAGAAUAUAACUUUAAUGAUACUCCUCAACCUGUAAAUAAAAAGAAAAGAAAAUAA